CGAACGGGUCAAUAAAUACCACUUUAAUUUCUCCUCCAUGGAUCAUCACAACGCACUUCUUCAUCGCCCCCCUCUCUCUCUCUAUCAGCUUCGCAAAUCACAGGAUUUCUUAAAGAUUCAAGACUUGGAAAAUGUCGCAAAAAUUGGAAGCGCAAGGGGGAAAGAAAGGGGAAGCAUGGGAUGAUAAAGAUGGCCACGACCGUGUGAAAAAGAUCAGCCUGCGAGUUGGUCGUAAAGGCAUCGACUUCGUCAAGUUCGACUACGAAAAGUCCGGACAACUUGUUGAAGGUGCGGUCCACGGCCUCAACGAUGGUUCCACUCCCAACAAAACGUUCGAGGUCACUGACCCAGAUGACUAUGUCGUAUCGGUGGAGGGUUACUACGAUGAAGAUGGAGUCAUUCAAGCCCUUCAAUUCCAAACCAACAAGAAGACUACUUCUGAGCUGUUCGGAUACGAGGAGGGUACUAAAUUUUCACUUGCAGUGGAUGGUCAGAAGGUCGUCGGGUUCCACGGAUACGCCGACACGACUCUCAACUCCGUCGGAGCUUACUUUGCCGCGUCAUCAUCGUCGGUGAUACCCAUCACGCCUCCUCCCGUCAAGUUGGAAGCUCAAGGUGGCAAUGGAGGGACAAUAUUCGACGAUGGAGCUUUCGACGGUGUGAAGAAAGUGUACAUCGGACAAGGCGAUAUCGGUGUUUCUUACGUCAAGUUCGAGUAUGAAAAGAGCGGAAACUCUGAAACACGUGAGCACGGGGAGAAGACAUUGCUCGGAACCGAGGAGUUUGCGGUCGAAUAUCCAGAUGAGUAUAUCACAUCGGUGAAGGGUAGCUAUGACAAAGUCUUUGGCAGCGACAGUGAAGUCAUUACAUCUCUUACCUUCGAAACGUCAAAGGGGAGAAUCUCUCAGCCGUACGGGAUUGUUGCUGGUACGGAAUUCAAACUCGAUGGCAAAGGUGGAAAACUUCUAGGGUUUCAUGGACAUGCAAGCGACGUUGUUCAUGGUCUCGGAGCUUAUUUCGUUCAGUCGAGCACUCCACUGACUCCCGCCAAGAAACUGCAAGCGAAAGGUGGUGAUGCAGGGAGUGAGUGGGACGACGGCGUUUAUGACGGCGUGAAGAAGGUUCUCGUGGGACAAGGCGAUAUCGGGAUAUCGUUUGUCAAGUUUGUGUACGCCAAUGGCACCGAAACCGUUGUCGGAGAUGACCGUGGGAAGAAGACUCUGCUUGGAACAGAGAAUUUUGAAGUUGACCAUCCGAACGAAUACAUAACAUCGGUGGAGGGAACAUACGACAAAGUGUUUGGAAGCCCGGCAGAAGUGGUGACGAUGCUGAAGUUCAAGACGAACAAGCAAACGUCUCAGCCGUACGGAAUAGAAGCUGGCGAGAAGUUCGUGUUCGAGGAGAAAGACAACAAAAUCGUAGGGUUCCAUGGAAAAGCUGGCGAUGUGAUCCAUCAGGUCGGAGUCCAUGUCGCUCCAAUAUACAUCCACUGCGGUAAAAAGAUGUCUUGGGAUGACGGAAAACACACGAAGGUGAAGCAAGCGCAGAUUACGUAUGAUGACGUCAUCAAGUCCGUCGAGUUUGAAUACGACAGCAACGGUAACGCCGUCAAGUCACAGAGACGGGGCAGUGUCGGAGGCAAAUCCGAUGGGUUCACGUUGAAACCGGACGAGUACAUAACGGAGUUGACCGGUUAUUACACGACCAGACAGAACGGGGAAGAAGUUAUAACGGCGUUAACGUUCAAGACGAACCAAAGAACACUAGGUCCGUAUGGAAACAAAACCAGGAACCAGUUUUCCAUUAACUCACCCAGCGGCACGCAGAUUGUCGGUUUCAAUGGAACUAGCGGCGAUGUCCUCAACUCCAUCGACGGUCACUUCGGACCCAUUGUCUCCUCCGGCGGAUCCGGUAGUGGCUCCGGCGGCACGGGCGGUGGCUCCGGAUCAGGUGGAUCUGAAGGAUCCGGCGGCACUGGUGGCUCCGGUGGGUCUGGCUCCGGCGGCACUGGUGGCUCCGGUGGAUCUGGAUCCGGUGGGUCCGGUGGGUCCGGUGGAAGUUCUGGUCCGGAGAAGGUGGAAGCACAAGGAGGGAAAGGAGGCAACGAAUGGGACGACGGAGCAGACCACGACGGCGUGAGGAAGAUCGCCGUCGGGGUUGGUCGGAGAGGUGUCUAUUACGUCAAAUUCGAUUACGAUAAGGACGGACAGCUGAAAGAUUCACCGCUCCAUGGCAGCACUGACGGAGCAUCUACACCAGAACCGCCGUUUGAGAUCGACCAUCCGAAUGAACAUCUCGUAUCAGUCGUGGGUUACCACGAGGAUGGCGUCAUUCAGGGUUUUCGAUUCAAGACCGACAAGAAAGAGUCUAAUGUCUUCGGAUACGGAGAGGGAACUGAGUUCACGCUCGAGGUCAAGGGCAAGAAGAUUGUCGGAUUCCAUGGAUUUUCUGAUAAAUAUCUCAAUUCACUCGGAGCUUACUUUGUAGCAGCUCCCUCCACACCUGUCAAUAAACUGGAAGCACAAGGUGGCAAAGGAAACACUGCAUUUGACGAUGGAGCUUACGAUAGUGUAACGAAAGUGUAUGUCGGGCAAGGCGAAUCUAGCGUGUCCUACGUCAAGUUCGAGUACGAGAAGGGCGGAAAAUUGGAAACACGUGACCACGGGAAGAAGUCGCUGCUCGGGGCCGAAAUGUUUGAGCUUAAGCCAGGCGAAUAUAUCACAUCGAUAGAGGGAUACCAUGACAAAAUCUAUGGAUAUCCGGUCGAGGUUAUCACGGCUCUUAUCUUCAAGACAUCUCAAGGAAGAACCUCUGACCAGUUCGGAGUUGCUGCUGGUACAAAGUUCGAACUCGAUGGCAAAGGCGGAAGGCUCGUGGGGUUCCACGGAAGCGUCGGAGAUGUUGUUCACUCUCUCGGAGCGUAUUUUGCACUGGCGACCACUCCAUUGACUCCUGCCAAAUAACCUCAGAGCAGUUCAAUCGAAUAUCUUGGUUCUGUCGCUUUGUUGUUUCAUGUUUGAAUAAGUUUGGUUAUGUCGUUCAAUGUUUGAAUAAGUUUGUGUCUUGUUGUUCAUGUUUGAAUAAGUUUUGUGUCCCUUGCUUUGGUUCUGCUGUGUUUAUUGUUAUGGCAUAAACCGAAAUCUGGUGAAUUCUGCA